GAAUACCGUCACUUUGUGCACAUACCCGUAGCGAGAACCUUCGACCUUCCCCUUUCUUAGCUACCGGUAGCUUCCAUUCAGUCCUAAACAUAAAAAUAAAACAUCUUUUACCUCAACCCUUUACCUCAUCCCCUCGUGCCUGUUUUGCGCCUCAAAAUGCUAUCCACUCCUUCAACCUCCCGAGAAUUCAAAAAGUUAUUUCCUCAAUGGCGUGAUAACUCCAUAGCUAAUCGUACAAGAUCUCUCGAAUCAGGAAGUUCAUGGGGUAUAUACGAAAUUGAAACAUUUCGCAUCUUACGGAAAAAACCUCAAUCAAGAGCUCCGGCCCAACUCCUAGAGUACUUUGAAACAGCUACUACAUGGAUAGAUGAAUCCAAAGAAAUACAACUCGUACUCAAACUUUUGCAAGAAAAAAAAUGGACUGCUUUUACUCAUCACCAAAUCUCUGAAUCGGCUGGUACAUUUGAUGACUUCUUCAAACUUUUACAACAAGUUCUCGAAACUCCAAUUACACCUGAUCCUCGAAGAGAACUACGAUCACUUGAUGUUGAGCAUGCAUCAAUUGCAAAGCCAGAAUCAUUUACUUCAGAUUUAUCGUCCUCGUUCCCACUGGAGCAGGAGCAGGAACUUCCUUUACUACCUCCGAACCCUUCUACCUCUACCUCUACCUCAGCGAAACGUCCAGCCAAGAACCCCACCGAACAAUCUUCCUCUCCAGCAUCAUCCUCCACCCCCGAAAAACCUCCUCCAAAAAAACGUCGCACAGAAAAAUCCUCCUCCCCAUCAUAUGUCGAGUCAAUUCCCAGCGACCAAUCAAGUCAUGAUCUAAGAAAUAAAUCCGAAAUUACAACCAAUGCUUGUGCGUACGCACUAUUAUCCCGUGUUGUAGAGCUUUUCAGACCAGUUAUUGAAAACGAGAAAGAAAACGAAGAGACAGAGAACGGAAAUGAAAAAGUGUAUCUAGAGUGGACCAUUACAAACGAUACACUUACUAUUCAAGCUGGAAAUCUUUCUUGUACGACGAAAAAUGAUGGGAGUCUAGUGGAAAAAGCGAUGCAUUUGGGGAGGUGGGAGAGAUGUUCGGGGGUUGCUUAUUGUAGUCUUGAGACUAAGUCAAUGUUUUCCAUCGAUGAUAAACCAAUCAGAGCCCAGGCUCAGGAAGCCGCUCAUUUAAUCGGCAUGUUUUCUCAACUUGAUCCGGAGAGAUUGGAGAAUCAGACGAUCCUCCCCUUAAUCUCCAUCUCUCAAAACAUCUUCUCCCUAAUCCUAGGCAUCUUUCCCAAAGCAUACGCACAAUAUCUCGAAAAUGGAUUGGAAGCAGAUGAGGGUUGUUUUAUGGAGCUAGUGGAGUUCGGAAGAUUUAAGAUGAGUAAUGGGGAUGAGAUGCAGGUGGUGGUUACAAUGGUUGUGGCGUUGCAGGUUUGGUUGCAGUGUGGGAAGAGGAAGAAGAGGGGGAGGGAAAUAGGGAGGGAGGAAUGAUGAGGAGAUGGUAGGGUUAUGGAUUAGGUUGGUAGGGUGUUGGGAUUUGCGACUCACGACUUGCGAUUUACAAUGGAUGGAUAUCAUGGGACUUGUGGCGUUUGGAUAAUAACACUAAUUCCUAUACACCUAUUUAUUAUUCCAAGGAUUUUUUUGAUGAUCAUUAUUGGUGGUGAUUUAUUUCGAUAAAGGGGUGGUAAUCUCAUUCA